AUGUCUCUUACUAAUCUUCAAAAUCUCGCCUUGAAUAUUUUAAAAGAAACAAAACAUAACAUAGUACAAGAUAUCAUUGUUACAGAAUUGCCACCAUGUAAACUAUGUGAAAACAAAAUAUUAUCUGUUAAUUUCGAAUCAUUUACAAUACUUUCAUGUGGACAUAUAUAUCAUAGAAAAUGUAUAGGAAAAAAAUUUUUACUUACAACAGAAAACAAAUGCCCUUUAUCUGAUUGUAAUAAAAUCAUUGAUCCAGUAGUAUCCGAACGAAGGUUUUCCGAAUCAUCAUCUCAGUCUAGUGGAACUUCUGCUCUUGCAGAAAUGUUAGGCGAUGACUUUGGAUUAGGUUCUCCAAUGAAUGUAUCACCAUUAUUACCCUUACUUAAUGAGACUACUCAGAAAAAACGUACUAGGGAAUUAUCCGCAUCUACCGAAAAAUUGUCUAGCAAAAAAGUGAAAAAAACUGGUGGAAAGAAGGUAUCAAGCACAAUAAAACAACUUAUCGAAGAAUUAUUAACCGAGAUUCCUGAUAGUGGUAGGAGCUUGGAAAAAACAAGUGAAAGCUAA